CUCCAUCGUAGGGGCGCGAAACCAGUGAUCCUCUCCUGGAUAUUUAUAGCUCUCUCGACGCCGUAUGUGAAUCAGUCUAAUGUCAGAGCAGCAGCCACUCAUGAUCCGCCUGCUGUCAGCCUCGGUGGCCGUCGCUAACCGCGCCGGGGCCGUCAUCAGAGACGUCCUGAAGAGCGGACAACUCGGCGUCGUGCACAAGGGUUACGAUGAUCCCCAGACGGAGGCAGACCGCAGAGCAGAGCGAUGCAUCGUGGCCACACUCACCACUCGAUUCCCCCACGUCACCAUCAUUGGGGAGGAGUCUAUUCCACCGACAGCUGCAGACCUGGAGGCAGUGGUUAGAGAGGACUCUCCGGAGGUCCUGAGAGAGGCGUGUCCUCCCGACCUCACCUCCGUCGACGAGAAAGACGUGGUUAUAUGGGUGGAUCCUCUGGAUGGGACAGGAGAAUUCACCAAAGGUUUCCAUGAAGAUGUGACGGUGCUGGUGGGGAUAGCAGUGGAGGGAAAGCCAGUUGCAGGAGUCAUUCACCAGCCAUUCUACGGCACCAUGGCUGGCCUCCCGACAGCUCAGCAGGGUCGCACGGUCUGGGGUAUGCUCGGGCUCGGGGUACGGGGUAUUGUACCCCGCCCCUCCCCCGAACAUGGGGGACUCCGGCUGGCGGUGUCUCGGUCUCACUACUCGGGGACUGUGGAGAGAGUCACCGAAUGUCUUCAGGCCAAGGAGAAGGUGAUAGCUGGAGGUGCAGGGAACAAGAUAUUGAUGGUUCUCGAGAACGUGGUCGACGCCUACAUCUACCCCAGCCCGGGUACAAAGAGAUGGGACACUUGUGCCGGGGACGCCAUCGUUAGAGCAGCGGGCGGAGCCGUGACAGACGUUCACGGGCGGGACCUCGUGUACGACCCCGUGACCCCCGUCCCCAGCACAGGGGACCAAUCGGGGUUCGUUCAACGCUGCAUGAACUCACAGGGGGUCCUGGUUGGCAUGAAGGGUCUGGAAGACCUCAGGGCAAAGAUACCUGAAGACGUUCUAAGGAGCUUGUCGAAAUAGAGUUUUACAAUUGCCCAUCGCACUCCACCAAGUGAUCACCCAUGGUAUUAUAAUAUUAUUGCAUAUACAU